AUGGAAAACCCUGAUACAAAAAGGGUUUACCAAUCUGGCUGCCAGAGUUGCACCAGAGGAAAAGGCUAACUGGUUUGGUAGUUGGGGAGGGAUUGGUAUAAGGACUGGCUUGAUGUGGGUAUCAGGAUCGGAACGAACCUUGCAAGAGCUAGGAGAUUUGGCAGUAUGGUCUGCUUAUAAAGGUUUAGAACCUAUCUGGCAAACUUAUCUACAGAAAGAAUUGGUGGUGUGGUCUGCUCAAGAACGAUAUGGUGAGCGUGAACGAGAACGGCGGGGAGAACGAGAACGGCGGGGAGAACGGGAACGGCGGGGAGAACGGGAACGGCGGGGAGAACGGGAACGACGGGGAGAACGGGAACGGCGGGAAGAACGGGAACGAGAACGACGAUAUGGAGAGUAG